AGCUUCGAGGCUGCUUCAGUGCUGCCAUGGUAACAGAAUAGAAAAAUGGAGAAAUAGUAACGAAGUUUGGUUGAAAAUCCAAAAUGCCAGAGGACCCAGCGGAGAAAACACUGUCAAUUACGGAGUUCUCGGUAGACAGGGCAGAUGAGGAGGAAGAAGUACCACCUGAAUAUGUAUUUCCUUUGUUUCUAACAUCUAAAACUCAAGAAAUCUUUUCUUGCAAAGUUGACAAAGAUGUCACACCUGAAAAUCCACUACAAUUGAUCAAGAAGGAAGACAUCUUUUUGGACUUUAAGGAGAGAGCAGCAAUCUCUGAUUUCCACCCUGCUAAAAGCAUUAUACAGGAUUAUCCAGGUGAAGAGCUGUUAAUGGUGUACGAUCCUCUAUUCAAGUAUGGACAGAACUUCUUUUUAGUCACAACUGAAGAUGGCAAGGAGCAAAUUUUAAAUCCUCCAGAGCCAAUCACAGAAGUUGAUCAAUCAUUGGAGUCUGUUCCACUUGUUCCAGUUCGAAAGUCGCCAAAGCCUUGGAUUUCCCUUGGAAGUGAAGAUGAUAUUCUUGCCCAAGGUGUGUUCAGCUCAAGAGAGAAGGUGUCUUUCUGGAUUCAGCGUAAACGGAAGGAUUUUGGGGCUCAGGUUGAUUUUUCAGACAGAAAUUCAUCAGAAGUGAAGGAUAGUGCCAUUGAUUAUCCUGGUUAUGAAGAUGAAACUUUUGAUUUAAACAAGAUGGAACUGGAAAAAGCAAUUCAGAAUGUUUCUACGAAUGAAGAUGCAUCCAGCCAAACUGAAUGGCCCAGACCGAGAAAUGCGAAUGUACAGUAUGAGCCGAGGAUGUUUACGCAAGAUCAAUUAGCAGGAAUUAUUGGUGCAAAAGGACUAAAGGAUUUUGUAGCUGAUGUUGCUGACAGAUUCGAACUUGCUCUGCAACACAACGAGACAAUUGAUAUAUUUGUCGAUGAUUAUUUUCUGCUGACUAACGAAGACAGUACAUUUGGUUCAAAAUCAGACAACCAUUUAAAAGAAUACCAAUCCUUCACAGACCUGAAAUUCAGCAAAAACAAAGCAAUAACAAAAAUACAAUGGCAUCCAACAAUCAGAGGGUUAAUCGCAGUAUCUUGUGCAGAGCAAUUAUCCUUCGAUGAAAGAAUUGAUCAUUGUUCUCGUAUUCUUAUGAACCCCAGCUUCAUUCUUCUUUGGAGUUUCGCAGAUCCCAUUCAUCCUCUGCUGCUGAUGGAGGCCCCUGAUGACAUUCUCUCCUUUCAAUUUAAUCCUUCUAAUCCAAAUGUGAUUGCUGCUGGCUGCAUCAAUGGCCAGAUCGUUGUUUGGGACAUAAGUCAGUAUUCAGAAAGACUUUUGAAUCAUCGGAACCAAGCCCAAGUGCAAAGCAAACAGUCCAGAACAACCCUACCGUCAUUUUUGAAUUUAAACAAGCAAGAACUGUCUCCUGUCGUUCGCUAUGGUGCAGUUUCGAACAUUGAACACAGCCACAAAAUGGCCAUCACUGACAUUCAAUGGGUUCCAGAUCACAUUGAGAUCGGUAGGAUGGGCAUUGUCGUAGAAAAUAGGCCAGCUCAGUGCCAUCAGCUAAUUACUGCAGCAUCGGAUGGCCAAAUUCUGUUUUGGGACACGCGACCGAACAAGACGGCAGUUGCCAGCCAAAUGUCAGGAAAUGCAAAUGAUGUGCCAGUUGGCAGCUUAAAGCAUCUUGAUCUCACUUGGAAACCGUUUCUCAAGGUUCAAGUUCGACAACUCAAAGGCUCAGGGGACCUUAGCGCUGUCAGAUUUUCAAUUUCGGAAAGACAGGGUGACAGAAACGAAGAUAAAUCAAAGCAAGAAGACGAUGUGGAGGAGCUAGGGCAGCCUUUUGAUCGAAAGCCGUCGGUAGGACUCGGCCUAGGAAGGAAAAAAGAAGAAAACAAAGUUCUUGAAAAUGUCAACUCAAAGUUCUACGUGGCAACUGAGGAUGGUGAGCUUGUUUACAUCGACUGGAAGUUAAGCAAAGAUAUAGAUACGGGAAAAGUUGUUUCUCCGAGGCCAGAUCUUGUCCUUGAUGCUCAUGACGGUCCAAUCACGGCGAUAGAAAGAUCGCCAUUCUUCAAAGAUGUGAUUUUAACGGCUGGUGGAUGGUCCUUUGCUAUUUGGAAAGAAAAGCUGACCCAUGGUCCAUUACUGGUGUCAAGCAGCCAUCCAGUCAAACUAACAGCUGCUGCAUGGAGUCCUUCCAGACCAGCUGUAUUCUUUAUCGGCAAAUCCGAUGGAAGUGUGGACGUUUGGGAUCUCCUUGACAAAACCCACGAGCCUUUCCUUAAUCAAAGUGUUACUCCAGUUCCUAUACAAACAAUCUUUCCUUAUCAAGUCUCAAGCAAACAGCAAUUGCUGGCAAUUGGUGAUAAAAUUGGAACACUGCACAUAUUUGAAGUGCCAUGGAAUCUGCGACAACCAUCUUCUAAUGAAGUGACGAGUGUUGACAACUAUUUCGAAAGAGAGGCCAGAAGACUAGCCUUCCUUGAACAAAGAGAAAGGAAUGCUGACAUGGACAAAAAGGAAGUCAAGAAUGAGAUAUCGAAUAAGGUGAAAUUGGUUGAAGAAGACUUGGAAUGGGAAUCGAAAGCCAGAUCUGCCUAUCAAGACUACAUGGAAUUGGAAAGGCAAAUCCUUGAAGAGCUAGGGCUAAAUUCAGAUCGAAACAAAAUCGACAUGACAUGAAUUUUCGUUAUUUUCUUUGUUUGUACCAUAUUCCCUUAUAUUUCUAAUUCUUAUUCUAAUUCUUACCUACCCUUCAUUGUUCUAAACGUGUAUGUAAUAUCAAUCAAAUAUUUACUUUGUUUACUUGAAGAGAAAAGAUUUGCAAGCAGUCUUACCAUCA